CCCCCAGAGCGGGCCGGGCCGGGCGGAGGGCGGUGGAGCGGCCCGGAGUGAUGACGCGCUUCCUGCCCUCCCCGCCGGGGGUCUGCGCCUGGAGUCCGCAGCGGCGGCGGCUGCGGGCGGCGGCGGUGGAGCCGGCGGGAGCGGGCAAGAGGCGAGCGGGGGGAAGGAAGGAAGCGAGAGAGCGGCGGGGCUUAGGCGCUCCGCAAUGCCACAGUAACAGCGUUCCCGUUGCAAGCUGGAAUUUCAUCCCCAGGGAUCCACCCCCUCGAUUCUCAAAGCUCCAGCACCUUUUUACUCAAGCAUCUUCAUAAAGCUAGAAAAUGCACUGACUGACUUCACAAGGUGCAGGUGAUCAAUUGGGUGCUGAAAUAAUUGUGACUUGGUUGCUGGAAGCCUUCCAUGUGAUCAAACAGUACUUUCAGACAAACUAAUUUUCUAUUAAAUGAAGUUUAAUUUUGAGGUACUUUAGCAGGAACUUACAAGUGACUUGGCACCAUGGUAGCUCUUUCCUUGAAGAUCUGUGUGCGGCAGUGCAACGUGGUGAAGACGAUGCAGUUUGAGCCGUCCACUGCCGUGUACGACGCCUGCCGAGUUAUCCGUGAGCGAGUGCCAGAGGCUCAGACAGGGCAAGCCUCUGACUAUGGACUGUUCUUGUCAGAUGAUGAUCCUCGAAAAGGUAUAUGGCUGGAGGCUGGAAGGACACUGGAUUACUACAUGCUGAGAAAUGGGGAUAUACUGGAGUACAAAAAGAAACAGAGACCUCAGAAAAUACGUAUGUUGGAUGGUUCAGUGAAAACAGUCAUGGUGGAUGAUUCUAAAACAGUGGGUGAAUUGCUGGUUACCAUUUGCAGCAGGAUAGGAAUAACAAAUUAUGAGGAAUAUUCAUUAAUCCAGGAGAGCAUCGAAGAGAAGAAAGAGGAGAGUACAGGAACACUGAAGAAGGAUAGGACCCUGUUACGUGAUGAAAGAAAAAUGGAAAAACUGAAGGCAAAGCUUCACACAGAUGAUGAUUUGAAUUGGCUGGAUCACAGCCGGACCUUCCGAGAGCAAGGAGUGGAUGAAAAUGAAACGCUGCUCUUGAGACGGAAGUUCUUUUAUUCAGACCAGAAUGUAGAUUCAAGAGAUCCUGUCCAGCUUAAUUUGCUCUAUGUUCAGGCUCGUGAUGACAUUCUGAAUGGUUCCCAUCCCGUCUCCUUUGAGAAGGCUUGUGAAUUUGGAGGCUUUCAAGCACAGAUCCAGUUUGGACCUCAUGUAGAACACAAACAUAAACCUGGAUUUUUAGACCUGAAAGAAUUCCUGCCUAAAGAAUAUACCAAACAAAGAGGGGCUGAAAAGAGAAUAUUUCAGGAGCACAAAAACUGUGGUGAGAUGACAGAAAUAGAAGCCAAAGUGAAGUAUGUGAAGCUGGCGCGUUCCCUGCGCACCUACGGCGUGUCGUUUUUCCUUGUUAAGGAAAAAAUGAAAGGCAAAAACAAGCUGGUUCCUCGUUUGCUGGGGGUCACCAAAGACUCCGUGAUGCGUGUGGAUGAGAAGACCAAGGAGGUGCUGCAGGAAUGGCCACUGACAACUGUGAAACGUUGGGCUGCCUCACCUAAAAGCUUCACUUUGGAUUUUGGUGAAUAUCAGGAAAGCUAUUACUCAGUACAGACCACUGAAGGAGAACAGAUCUCUCAAUUAAUUGCAGGUUACAUUGAUAUCAUCCUAAAGAAGAAACAAAGUAAAGAUAGAUUUGGGCUUGAAGGUGAUGAGGAAUCAACCAUGUUGGAAGAAUCUGUUUCACCUAAGAAACCCACCAUCCUGCAGCAGCAGUUCAACCGCACCGGGAAGGUGGAGCACGGCUCCGUGGCGCUGCCGGCUGUGAUGCGCUCCGGCUCCAGCGGCCCCGAGACUUUCAACGUUGGCAUCAUGCCUUCCCCUCAGCAGCAAGUGACAACUGGCCAGAUGCACAGAGGACAUAUGCCCCCUCUUACCUCAGCUCAGCAGGCCCUGAUGGGGACCAUCAACACCAGCAUGCACGCGGUGCAGCAGGCACAGGCCGACCUCAGCGAAGUGGACAACCUGCCACCUCUGGGGCAGGACAUGGCAUCAAGAGUAUGGGUUCAGAACAAAGUUGAUGAAUCAAAACAUGAAAUACACUCUCAGGUUGACGCAAUCACUGCAGGAACUGCAUCUGUUGUUAACCUCACAGCAGGGGACCCAGUUGACACUGAUUACACUGCUGUGGGAUGUGCAAUUACAACCAUCUCCUCCAACCUCACUGAGAUGUCCAAAGGUGUGAAACUGCUUGCUGCUCUCAUGGAUGAUGAAGUUGGAAGUGGAGAAGAUCUCCUGAAAGCUGCUCGAACCUUGGCCAGUGCUGUCUCAGACUUGCUGAAGGCUGUGCAGCCUACUUCAGGAGAGCCUCGCCAGACAGUUCUGACUGCAGCUGGCAGCAUUGGACAAGCCAGCGGGGAGCUACUGAGACAAAUUGGGGAGAAUGAAACAGAUGAAAGGUUCCAGGAUGUUCUGAUGAGUUUGGCCAAAGCUGUUGCCAACGCUGCUGCCAUGUUGGUGCUGAAAGCCAAGAACGUGGCACAGGUGGCUGAGGACACCGUCCUGCAGAACAGGGUCAUUGCUGCUGCUACCCAGUGUGCACUCUCUACUUCCCAGCUUGUGGCUUGCGCUAAGGUGGUGAGUCCCACCAUCAGCUCCCCGGUGUGUCAGGAGCAGCUGAUCGAGGCAGGGAAGCUGGUGGACCGCUCGGUGGAGAACUGCGUGCGGGCCUGCCAGGCCGCCACGGAUGACAGCGAGCUGCUGAAGCAGGUCAGCGCUGCCGCCAGCAUCGUCAGCCAGGCCCUCAAUGACCUGCUGCAGCACGUGCGGCAGUUCGCCAGCAGGGGAGAGCCCAUCGGGCGCUACGACCAGGCCACAGACACCAUCAUGUGUGUCACCGAGAGCAUCUUCAGCUCCAUGGGGGACGCCGGUGAGAUGGUGCGGCAGGCGCGGGUGCUGGCUCAGGCCACCUCGGAUCUCGUCAAUGCCAUGAGGUCUGAUGCAGAAGCAGAGAUCGACAUGGAGAACUCCAAGAAGCUUCUGGCUGCUGCAAAGCUCCUGGCAGAUUCCACAGCCCGCAUGGUUGAAGCUGCAAAGGGAGCUGCAGCCAAUCCUGAAAAUGAAGAUCAACAGCAACGUCUGAGAGAAGCAGCAGAGGGACUGCGGGUUGCUACCAAUGCUGCUGCACAGAAUGCCAUCAAGAAGAAAAUUGUCAACAGAUUAGAGAUUGCAGCUAAACAAGCUGCAGCUGCUGCUACUCAGACUAUUGCAGCUUCUCAGAAUGCAGCUGUUUCCAAUAAGAACACAGCAGCCCACCAGCAACUUGUGCAGAGCUGCAAGAAUGUUGCAGACCACAUUCCUCAGCUGGUGCAGGGUGUAAGAGGAAGUCAAGCUCAGGCAGAAGACCUCAGUGCCCAGCUUGCUUUAAUCAAUUCCAGCCAGAAUUUUCUUCAGCCUGGAAGUAAAAUGGUGGCAUCUGCUAAAGCUGCUGUCCCCACAGUGACUGAUCAGGCAGCAGCAAUGCAGCUCAGUCAGUGUGCAAAGAAUCUUGCUACCAGCUUAGCUGAGCUGAGAACAGCCUCCCAGAAGGCUCACGAAGCUUGUGGCCCAAUGGAAAUUGAUUCUGCUUUGAAUACAGUCCAGACACUCAAAAAUGAACUGCAAGAUGCGAAGAUGGCAGCUGUGGAUGGACAGUUAAAACCUCUCCCAGGAGAAACUCUUGAGAAAUGCACUCAGGACCUGGGAAGCACAUCCAAAGCAGUCGGUUCUUCAAUGGCCCAGUUGUUAACUUGUGCUGCUCAGGGCAACGAGCACUACACAGGAGUUGCUGCCAGAGAAACUGCUCAGGCCUUGAAGACUUUGGCUCAGGCAGCUCGAGGGGUUGCAGCAUCUACCAGUGACCCUGUGGCAGCCCAUGCCAUGCUGGAUUCAGCCAGGGAUGUCAUGGAAGGCUCUGCCAUGCUGAUCCAGGAGGCCAAGCAGGCCCUGGCUGCCCCAGGGGAUGCAGACAGUCAGCAGAGACUAGCCCAGGUGGCAAAAGCAGUGUCUCACUCCUUGAAUAACUGUGUGAAUUGUCUGCCUGGACAAAAGGAUGUGGAUGUGGCCUUAAAGAGUAUUGGGGAAUCCAGCAAGAAGCUCCUUGUUGAUUCGCUACCUCCAAGUUCUAAGUCAUUUCAAGAAGCUCAGAGUGAACUGAACCAGGCAGCAGCAGACCUGAAUCAGUCAGCUGGAGAAGUUGUCCAUGCUACACGGGGCCAAAGUGGGGAGCUGGCUGCAGCCUCUGGGAAAUUCAGUGAUGACUUUGAUGAAUUUCUUGAUGCUGGUAUUGAAAUGGCUGGCCAAGCACAAACUAAAGAGGACCAGAUUCAAGUCAUAGGUAACCUCAAGAGCAUCUCUAUGGCUUCCAGCAAGCUGUUACUGGCUGCCAAGUCUCUGUCGGUUGAUCCCGGAGCUCCUAAUGCCAAGAACCUCUUAGCAGCUGCAGCAAGAGCUGUGACUGAGAGUAUAAACCAGCUCAUCACACUGUGCACCCAACAAGCUCCCGGGCAGAAGGAAUGUGAUAAUGCACUCAGAGAACUGGAGACAGUUAAGGGAAUGCUGGAUAACCCAAAUGAACCUGUGAGCGAUCUCUCGUAUUUUGAUUGUAUUGAGGGCGUAAUGGAAAACUCAAAGGUUCUUGGAGAAUCAAUGGCAGGCAUUUCCCAGAAUGCAAAAACUGGGGAUCUUCUAGUCUUUGGAGAAUGUGUUGGAGUUGCAUCCAAGGCUCUUUGUGGCCUCACAGAGGCAGCAGCUCAGGCUGCUUACCUGGUCGGUAUCUCAGAUCCAAACAGCCAGGCUGGUCAGCAGGGCCUCGUUGACCCGAUUCAGUUUGCGCGUGCCAACCAAGCGAUCCAGAUGGCUUGCCAGAACCUGGUGGAUCCAGCCAGCAGCCCAUCCCAGGUCUUAUCAGCUGCCACCAUCGUGGCCAAGCACACGUCUGCUCUGUGCAACGCUUGUCGCAUUGCUUCAUCAAAAACAGCAAAUCCUGUUGCCAAGAGACACUUUGUGCAAUCUGCCAAGGAAGUUGCAAACAGCACUGCUAACCUGGUUAAAACUAUCAAGGCGCUGGAUGGAGAUUUCUCGGAGGAGAACCGCAACAAGUGCAGAAUUGCCACGGCACCGCUAAUAGAGGCUGUGGAAAAUUUGACAGCAUUUGCUUCAAACCCAGAAUUUGUCAGCAUCCCAGCACAGAUCAGCACUGAGGGAUCACAAGCACAGGAGCCAAUUCUGGUUUCUGCUAGGACCAUGUUGGAGAGCUCAUCUUUAUUGAUCAAAACUGCCCGUUCUCUGGCUAUCAAUCCCAAAGACCCUCCUACAUGGUCUGUACUAGCAGGGCAUUCUCAUACAGUCUCAGAUUCUAUCAAGAGUCUUAUUACCUCUAUCAGGGACAAGGCCCCAGGGCAGCGAGAAUGUGAUUUCUCCAUCGAUGGCAUCAACAGGUGCAUCAGGGACAUCGAGCAGGCCUCGCUCGCUGCUGUGAGCCAGAGCCUGGCCACCAGGGAUGACAUCUCCGUGGAGGCUCUACAGGAGCAGCUGACGUCAGUUGUACAGGAAAUUGGCCACCUCAUUGAUCCCAUAGCCACCGCAGCUCGGGGAGAGGCAGCUCAGCUGGGGCACAAGGUAACACAGCUGGCAAGUUACUUCGAGCCCCUUGUUUUAGCUGCAGUUGGUGUGGCAUCCAAGACACUGAAUCAUCAGCAACAGAUGACCAUUUUGGACCAGAGCAAGACUCUAGCAGAAUCUGCCUUACAGAUACUGUAUGCUGCCAAAGAAGGGGGAGGAAACCCCAAGGCAUCUCACACUCACGAUGCCAUCACUGAGGCUGCACAGCUGAUGAAGGAGGCUGUGGAUGACAUCAUGGUCACUUUAAAUGAAGCUGCAAGUGAAGUUGGCAUGGUUGGAGGUAUGGUAGACUCAAUUGCAGAGGCAAUGACCAAGCUGGAUGAAGGUACACCUCCAGAUCCAAAAGGAACUUUUGUUGAUUAUCAGACCACUGUGGUGAAAUAUUCUAAAGCCAUUGCUGUUACAGCACAAGAAAUGAUGACUAAGUCGGUUACUAACCCGGAGGAGCUGGGAGGACUUGCAUCGCAAAUGACCAAUGACUAUGGGCAUUUGGCUCUCCAGGGCCGAAUGGCUGCAGCUACGGCAGAACCAGAGGAGAUUGGGUUCCAGAUCAGGACUCGGGUGCAGGAACUUGGCCAUGGGUGUAUCUUUCUUGUACAAAAAGCUGGAGCUCUCCAGAUUUGCCCUACAGACAGCUACACCAAAAGGGAGUUGAUAGAAUGUGCUCGUGCAGUCACAGAAAAGGUCUCCUUGGUUUUAUCUGCCCUCCAGGCAGGGAACAAAGGCACACAGGCCUGUAUUACUGCAGCCAGUGCUGUGUCUGGGAUAAUUGCAGAUCUGGACACCACUAUCAUGUUUGCUACUGCUGGAACCCUUAAUGCUGAGAACAAUGAAUCAUUUGCAGAUCACAGGGAAAAUAUCCUGAAAACAGCAAAAGCUUUAGUUGAAGACACAAAGUUGUUGGUUUCUGGUGCUGCCUCAAGUCAGGACAAACUGGCCCAAGCAGCUCAGUCAUCAGCUAACACCAUCACUCAGCUUGCUGAGGUAGUAAAAUUGGGAGCAGCUAGCUUAGGAUCUGAUGAUCCUGAAACACAGGUUGUUCUAAUCAAUGCUAUCAAGGAUGUUGCAAAGGCCCUUUCUGAUCUCAUUGGUGCUACCAAAGGAGCUGCCAGCAAACCAGCAGAUGAUCCAUCCAUGUACCAGCUGAAAGGUGCUGCCAAGGUGAUGGUAACAAAUGUCACAUCCCUCUUGAAGACGGUUAAAGCAGUAGAAGAUGAAGCUACUCGAGGGACAAGAGCCCUUGAGGCCACAAUUGAGUACAUCAAACAGGAGCUCACGGUGUUUCAGUCGAGCGAGGUUCCAGAGAAGACAUCAUCACCUGAAGAAUCAAUCCGGAUGACGAAAGGAAUCACCAUGGCAACUGCCAAAGCCGUUGCAGCUGGGAACUCGUGCAGGCAGGAGGAUGUGAUUGCUACAGCAAAUCUGAGCCGCAAAGCAGUAGCUGACAUGCUAACAGCUUGUAAGCAAGCAUCCUAUCACCCAGAUGUGAGUGAGGAAGUUCGGGAGAGAGCCCUGCGCUUUGGAACGGAAUGUACCCUGGGCUACCUGGAGCUCCUGGAGCAUGUUCUCCUGAUUCUUCAAAAAGCAACUCCAGAGCUAAAGCAUCAGCUGGCCUCUUUCUCCAAGCGGGUGGCAAAUGCUGUCACAGAGCUUAUCCAAUCAGCAGAAGCAAUGAAGGGGACAGAGUGGGUGGAUCCAGAAGACCCAACAGUCAUUGCAGAGACAGAGCUAUUAGGGGCUGCAGCAUCAAUUGAGGCUGCAGCAAAGAAGUUAGAGCAGCUGAAACCAAGAGCCAAGCCCAAGCAAGCAGAUGAGACUCUGGAUUUCGAAGAACAGAUCCUGGAAGCAGCUAAAUCCAUUGCAGCUGCUACCAGUGCCCUUGUGAAGUCAGCUUCAGCAGCCCAGAGGGAACUGGUGGCUCAGGGAAAGGUUGGAGCAAUCCCUGCAAAUGCAGCUGAUGAUGGACAGUGGUCUCAGGGACUUAUUUCUGCUGCCCGAAUGGUGGCAGCUGCAACCAGCAAUCUCUGUGAAGCAGCAAAUGCCUCAGUUCAGGGCCAUGCCAGUGAGGAGAAACUCAUCUCAUCUGCCAAACAAGUUGCAGCUUCUACAGCACAGUUGCUUGUGGCUUGCAAAGUGAAGGCUGAUCACGACUCUGAAGCCAUGAGGAGGCUACAGGCUGCAGGAAAUGCUGUCAAGCGUGCAUCAGACAAUCUCGUCAGGGCAGCCCAAAAAGCAGCAUUUGGAAAAGCAGAGGAUGAUGAUGUUGUGGUCAAAACAAAGUUUGUGGGUGGCAUCGCUCAGAUUAUUGCAGCCCAAGAAGAAAUGCUGAAGAAGGAGAGAGAGCUGGAAGAGGCAAGGAAAAAACUGGCUCAGAUCCGCCAACAGCAAUACAAAUUUCUACCCACAGAGCUGAGAGAAGAUGAGGGUUAACUUUAACCUGCUGAGAUUUUUCUUCCUUUUUAUUCUUUUGUUUUCUUUUUUUUUUUCCUUUUUUUCUUUUAAAGAAAUAAGCUAAAGGGGGACAGCACAUUGAGAACUGCUCUGACAGCAUACUGAUAUGCCAAGCACUUAGCUAAAUAAACUGCCUGUCAUAGCUUUGGAUGAGCAGAGGGCAAUAAACACUUGUUCUUUCCCACCUGCUCAGCUGAGGUGCAUGAUGAUCAAAUAAUGGUACAGUGUUAGGUUCAUCAUUCCUGUUCCUCCCUUGAUUUAUAUCUCAGGAGAGAAUGUUUCACUUUUUACUAAAGAUACUAAGUCAGUAUUAUUGUCACUUUCCUGAUGCUUGAGGUAUUUAUCGUUCCUUGACUUGUUCUAAAAUAUUGAUAAUAUUAGGAAAAGAGUCAAGAAAUCUUUCAUAUGAUAAAUAUCACAUGAGCUGGUGGUUGUCCCCCAAGAACCCUUGUAAAAAGAAGACCAAGAUGGAGAAGGAUGUAUAGCUGAGUGGAGAAACACGCACGAGUGUGGGUUUGAAGAAGAAGCCUGUCCUCUUUCAGUGUUAUAUAGCUGGUUCACCCCAAAACUGGAGGAAUUGUCUCUGCAGCUGUUUGCACUACUAGUAUUAUUCCUUACCUGAUACAACAAGCUUCUGCUUGUACAGUAUUUAGGUUUACAUAAUGUGGCAAUAGCCAUUCUUUAAAGAGCUCAAAAAACAAAGAAAUGGAAACCUUGUCACUGCCUCAAUAAUAGCAGGUUCAUGAAAGAAAAUGCUGUUUCAAUUAUAUACCUCUAAUGUGUGACUACUUUUACAGUAUUAUACACACAUACACAUGCUCUAACAUUGGACUGAAUAGUUUGCAUUUUGUUUUUUUAUUGAAAUUAUCUGGUUCGUACUGUGGUAUUUCUGUUAGAAUGUAUCUCAGUUAAAAAAGGGAAAUGCCCAGUACAACAAAAGACUAUCACAACUCUUGUUAUUAUUUUAAUAAUUACAUUUAUAAUUAUUAUGUUUUGAAACCUGUGGGAAUUGUAGGAGAAAAGAAUAAGUGAUUUACAAGUAGAUUUACAGUUUUUCCUGUAAUAUAUUUUUUAAAAAUUUGGACUCUAGAGAGUUUGUUUUCAUAGUUGCUAUUGAUGAAAAAGUAUUCACCAAGGAAUUACAGAGAAGAAAUAGCAGCAGUCUGUCAGCAAUCUUUGUGCAGAAAGGUACAGUAUGCUCUCAGUAUCUCUGUUGUGACCUAAACAAUAGCAACUUGGGUAGAGUAACAUAUUUUACUAUGUGAAAAAGAGAACACAAAUCACAGCAACUUUAAGUAGCAAAAGCUAAACUGUUUGAAUAACUACAGAAACACCAUCUCUCCUAACAGUAGUUUCCAACAUGUCUCCAACUCCACUCAAGCCCUCCUAACAAUAAUGACAAGUGUGUUUAGGUCAAAGGAUGUGCCCCUCCAGUCCUUCUGAAGGCUGUGCUGUCCUUGCAUCCAGCCAGGUACAUUCAGCUGAGCCUGACUUGUGUUCUGUGCAUACCCACCUAGUUGUCCUUGCUGCAGAAAACACCUGUCUUGUAGACUCCCCAGUAACCCCCUAAUGGUAGAUUCAUCAGUUUAGAUAGUGCUAACUCCUCAUUUAAGUUACCUGCAUGAGACAGAAUUAUCAGGAAUUUUGUUACACUAGUACUAAAUAUAUAGCAAAAAUCCGCUAAAGAAUUAAUAAAUAUUGAAGUGUAAAAAGGUUUUUAUUGUCUCUUCUCUGAUACUGACAUAUUUCAGAUUCAGUAGAGUCGCUGGAAAAUCCACAAUCAUGAGAAAAAAAUGGUGUGUCUCAAAUGGAAUCACUGGCAUUGACAGAUGUGCUGUGAUGUGUGUGUGCAAUGCAAACCCUGUACUAUCAGAGAUGUGCUAUUCUGAGUUCUUUCGUUUGCUACUUCAACACAGUUCGGGUUUAUGUUCAACUCACUGUGAACAGUGUCACAGUCUGGAAUCCUCCACCGAGAAAAAGGCUUCUGUAAGUCUUUGGGCAGAAGGCUAAACUGGUGUUUAUUGUUGUAAGACCUAAAUAAAGACUGCUCAAGUGACGGGGAUUUUCUGCUCCUUUUGGUAGGUUCAACUCCUUUACAGCUUAUGCCUUUCCUUUUCUUACCUGGACAGCUUCACUUUCUGAUCUCUUUCAGAAAGAUCUGCAAGACAGAUUUGCUACUACUUCCCUUUCAACCUACCUUUAACUGUUAUUUGAUCUCAUUAAAGCAUGAAGAAAGAUGAUGCUCUCUUUAACAUCAUGCCACUAUUUUAUUGUAGGGAUAAUACUGAUGUAAUAUACUUGGGUCAGGAUGGUAUUUGCCAGUUUGAUAUAAACCAAAAAAACCUUGUCAAAUGCAGCUAUGUAUGGAAAUUAUAUAGCUAGAAAACUUUAUCAGUAUGUAGAAGGUAAGAGCAUGUUCAAAUUGUGCUCCAGAGAAAAGUGUUUGGGAAGUCCAUUUUAGCACAGCUGUUUUGAGACUUCUCUAUUUCUGAUUUAGUGCCCCCUCUUACAUGACAGAAAGUAUUUUUUCCUUAGCUGGGUGCUCGAUAGAGGAACCACAGUCAGGUGAAUAGCUGAGCUGGACAACUGAAGUAUUUUUUUACUCAGAAUUUUAGGUCUUCAUUUGUGAACCAUUAAUAUAAGGUCAUCCAAAGUCUUUCAACUUAUUCCUUGCUGUUAUAAUUUGCAGUGUUGCUGAAGUUCACAUGUGAACAUCUGUGGAGUUUGGAACUAGUCCAUCCAUUUCUUUGGCAUGGGAACUUGCAGCAGGAAGUGACAAGUUGGAGUAAGGGGUAGAUGCUAAUUAAUAAGAAGGACAGAUGUUUACUUUGUUCUGUUAACUUGUGAAAUGAUGAAUGAGCUCUGUUGUAUCUCACCCUUCUUCAUGUGAAAUCCACUCUGAGAAUUGUAUGCAAAUUAAAAACAAAAUGCCUCAAA